CGGAAGUUGUGGGGGAAGUGACCACCGGAGAAAGGAAAUGAGGGCAACGAAGAGGACGAUCCACGAGGUGUCGACAUGGGUGCGGCGGCAACCUCCGAAGAUCAAGGCAGCUCUAGCAGUGGUGGCGGGGAUUGCGGCUCUGCUGUUCCUGAGAAUGGCGGUGCAGGAUCACGACAACCUCUUCGUCGCUGCCGAGACUGUUCAUGCCCUCGGUAUCUCCGUCCUCAUCUACAAGCUUACCAAAGAGAAGACUUGUGCUGGUCUUUCACUUAAAUCACAAGAACUAACAGCUAUUUUUUUAGCUGUUAGGCUCUAUUGUAGUUUUGUCAUGGAAUAUGACAUACAUACUUUACUCGAUACGGCAACAUUUGGGACAACCCUUUGGGUUAUUUAUAUGAUACGUUUUAAACUUCGGUCUAGUUACAUGGAAGACAAAGACAACUUUGCAAUAUACUUUGUGGUGGUCCCCUGUGCUGUUCUUGCUUUGCUGAUUCAUCCAUCAACAACGCAUCACAUAUUCAACAGGCUUUGCUGGGCUUUCUGUGUUUAUCUUGAAGCUGUUUCAGUCCUACCUCAACUACGGGUCAUGCAGAACACAAAGAUUGUUGAACCAUUCACGGCACAUUAUGUGUUUGCACUGGGAGUUGCAAGGUUCUUGAGUUGUGCACACUGGAUCCUCCAGGUAUUGGAGACUAGAGGACGCUUAUUGACCGCCUUAGGUUAUGGAUUGUGGCCUCCCAUGGUCUUGUUCUCAGAGAUUGUCCAGACUUUCAUACUUGCAGAUUUUUGCUACUAUUAUGUCAAGAGUGUUGUUGGUGGACAGCUCGUUCUACGACUGCCCUCUGGAGUGGUAUAAAAUUUGAGUUUUUUCAUGUACCUUUGAAAUCAGGUGUUUUUUGCCUGCUCUUCAAGGUCCAUUCCAGGGCAUUUACCCGAUCAGAAUAGUUGUAUACUCCUUGUUCUGUUUUGCAGCCAGCUAUUAGAGUAAAGCUCAGUAAGGCAGACUGUAAAGUUGGGAAUCAUUACAUUUUGAGUAAUGAGUAACGAGUAACUUAAGGUUUUAGACUCAUUUCACCUUUUCCACUUCAACUAAUGACUUUAUUGUACCAGCACUAGUAUUUAAGAUACAGGUUAGUAGAUCCAAUUGUUUCCUUCUUAACACGACCAAGGGUUCAGCUAGUAGAGUAUGUAUGAACAUUUUCAUUUGCCAGAAUUACAAACAGGUGAUCAGAUUAUUGGACAUUCAAAGUUUCAAACAACAUAGAUAUCUUAAUGCGGAAUAGCUCCUUCCUGGGCCCUUACUAAUCUUUGUCAUAAGGUAUGACAUGGCAUCACUCUGCGUCCAGCUGGAUACAAUUCUUUGCCCAACUAGGAUCUGACAAAGGUCAGAACUGCUUCCUUUUUUAGGUGAGAACAGGGGUGGAAGCAUACUGGAUAAGGCUGAAGCCUGAUUGGCAUUUGGUGCAUCGAUAGCUUCCAGCUGUUAAAGGGAAAGACAAAUGAAGCUUUCAGUACAGCUGGUGAGUUAAUUAAAGUUAAUGAAAGAUC